CAAUCCCGCCCCACCCCACCCCAACCUCCAUUCCAUUCCAUAUAAACACACAAACAAACAAACAAACAAACAUGUAGAGAGAGAGAAAGAAAGCAACAGUAGAAGAAGUUAAAAAUGGAGGGAAGGGAAGGAAGAAGGCUGAUGGUACCUCUACUAGCAGUGAACUCAGUGGUGUAUGUCGUAACAGUCGGCUUGGCUUCAUGGUCCCUCGACAAGUACAUCGAUGGCCACCAGGAUCAUCCCCAUCUGGGUGGCAACCCUUCGACGAUAUUCCUUCUGGUGUACGCCCUCAUCGCAGGAGUGAUCGGCGCAUCCUCCAUCCUCCUCGGCUUCCUCCAUCUCCAUCUCUGGAACAAUGCCUCCCUCCCCCCUGCUUCCACUUCCGCCAUCAUUUCUUGGGCCAUCACUGCCUUAGCCUUCGGGCUUGUCUGCAAGCAGAUUACAAUGGGAGGUCACAGAGGCAAACGCUUGCAAACGCUGGAAGCAUUUAUCGCCAUAUCGGGGCUUAGCCAGCUACUCUACCUGCUGCUGCUUCAUGCCGGCAUGUUCAGCGCCAGAUAUGGCCCGGCAUACACUAAUACCACAGGAGAAUCCUAUGUUCAGACAGUAUAAACAAAUGCUAAAAACAUAUAAUGUUCGACUCCAACUCCAACAAGCACUCCAUAGCAACACCAAAUUGCUCCAAUAUAGACUAAAAGCUCUUCACCAUAAUCAAGAGUGCAAGAAACACUCGAAACUCAUGUAUGUAAGCUUCAGAUACCCCAUAGCUAGAAACUAUAUGAUUUCUUUGUAAGAAUGAGAUCUACGAAUUUAAGUAUGAAUUAUAAUCCUCAGUGCCGAAUUUUGAUC